UUGUUAGUAAAAUAAAGGGGUCACAAUUAAAAAUAACAUUAUCUUUAAAUGAAAUUAGCCAUCUUGGUUAAUGGACGACUGGUUUAGUUAAUGAUAGGUAAUAGUUGGUAGAUAGAUGAUGGUUGAUUAAGACAUUCCCCCUUAGAUCAGUGGUUGUUUUUUGCUUCAUAUUCAAGGUUGUUUGGGUCAUUGCUCUGUCAUGCAGGGCAUUCCUAAGGCGACAGUUAACAAGGUUUGAUUUUCAUUUGUGCUGCGUCAGUUCUCUGUCGAGUUUGACCGUUCAGUGCAUGACGCCCUUCUUUGUCCAUGGCUCAGAUUUUAGUUUAAGGUUAAAUGCAUUGCCCUUAAACUCAUCGGCCGGGCCAAAGUGUGUGGCAAGGUCACCGUUGCGAUCAUGCAGGAGUUAACACAAAGGCUCCUGGUCCCCUAAUGGAUUAGGCCCACCGUUCCUCAAUCAGCGGCGGUCCGGCCUCCAGCCCCUCACAGGCCUUUCCAGCGCUGCUCUCCUUUCACACUCACCACAUAGCCCUUAAUUUUGAAAUGACUUUUAUAACUAGACAGUAAACUUCCAGUAGGUUAAUGAUGAUGGCUUCUUCAUCUGCCCAAAUGCUCCUUUUGUCCACUCCUCCUCAGGGCCUGGACCCUACCCCCGUUCCCUCUGGUCACAUCAGGCCUUAAACCCUGGUUCACCCCACUUUAUAGUUCCACAGAUAAUCCCUUGGAACACACACACACACAAACAGAAACUCACAAACACACACACACACAUGCACGUACAUGCACACUCACUCAUUCACCCUUAGGCUAUUAUCUCCUCUGAGCCCUGCUCUUGUCUCUUUCUCCCUCUCUUUCUUUCCAUUUUCAGCAAUGGCAUUCAGCUGGAAUGUUUGCCUUUGUUUGCGUGGCCUACUGGAAAGCCAUGAAUGACCUUAGCUCAUCUGCUAUCCUCACUAGCUCAGAUUUGCACUUCAGGGCCCAGCGGGUAGUCCUGACUUGUGGGAGGGCGGGGGUUUUGGAAGGAGGCAGUGGGGCUUUUAUAAGGAAAUUAGAGCCGUGGACUGCCACCCGGACAGUAAACAACAGUGCGAGUCCUCACACCCUUGGCAUUAACUGAAAUGAGCAAAAAGGGGAAAUCUGUUGCGGGAAUUUUCACAAGGUCCCCAAAUUUGUUUCUGUGUUGUUUUUUUUUCCUUCUUCCUUAUUUUGACAGUCAAGCUGCAGGAUUGUUUUCUUAUUAUAAGAGGCCAACGUGCUAACUAGCACAUUUGGUUGUUGUUCUUCCCCACCUCUUGGUUUUCAACCACUAUAUUUGUUAAACCUCAACUGCAAUUUACCAGUAUUUGUCCCAAGUGAAAGAGCAAGAGAGAGAUUUUAAUGUAUUUCAUUCUUCUAGAAGUGAACUUGCAGCACGGAGCCUGGGGUUGAAUUAACUUCAAAUAUUUACUGCAGUGUUUAAUGUAGAGCUUGGCGCAGGACAAUCAACAAUCAUAGUCCUUUUCUUCUUCAGUAAUUCAUUUUUUGUUGUUGUUGUAAAACAAAACCUGAUUAGACCGCUUUUUUUAAAACUUAUUUUCACCUUUUCUAUUGAGAGUCAACUUAAGAAUUUAUUUAAAAAAUAUCCUCCUCCACAUUCAUCAAGAGGAUGAAAACUGCCGUCACAUUUUGGAAUUUUCUUCACGGUUCUAAACUUGAGCUUUUGACAUCAAUGACAUUUUAACUUGUAAACAUGUUUAAUUAAUUACUUGUACACCUACAUUUUAAUUGAUUUAAGUGGUUAAAUGACUACAUUUGUGGGAUUGCUUUUGUAUUUUGGUGUGUUUUUUUUUUUAAUAAUAAAUCGACGGCUGACUUCAUUAAGUUUAUUCUACACUGCAGCAGUUAGCAGACUAACCUCCCUCACAGUCAUGUGUUAAGCAGGUGCUGAGUCAGCACUCGGUCAUGACGCCCGCUUCACUCUGGCUGGUCACAUGACCCAUCUGUCCUCAGGUGGCGGGUGCAGGGGUGCUUCCCCUUUUUUUCAGGGAGUUUAGCGGGAGCUGAAUGCAGAGGUGAAGGAUGGGUUCUGGGGGAGGGCAACCUUUCAAUCCACAACCCUUUAUAUUUUUUUUUGAACAGUGUCCUUUGAGGCGAAACAAAAAUGCAGGAUUUAGUCAUUAUCUCCAUUUUCAAUGGUUUAUUGUGAACAGGCCAUGUCAAAGUCAGGGGCUGGGCAUAAAUCAAACUGACGGCUCUUUUCCCCAAGUUGAACUUGUGGCUCCGCUGCUAUCUGAUGGAUCAUUGUCAGGAUUUCACUUUUGUUUCACCUGUUGAACCUCAUCCUCGCAGCAUAGCUGCCAGUCUCUAACCAACAACUAAAGCAAAGUCCUCAGCUGCUCGGACCAUAGCAAUAGCUGGACAAAUUUCACAGUCAAACUCAAGCCCAAUGUUUAGACAAAUGUGGCUGAUUGAGAGAGAUGAGUGCAUGAAGGCCCCGUCAGGACUAAUGAGGGCUCUGAUUGGCCCAGGCGGUUGUUUACAGCUACCCUCACACUGACUGCGCUGUAAUAUAACCAUUGGAGAGGAGGUGAGAAAAGCUGCACACAACUUGAUUAAAACAACUGUUGACUGUGUCUGUGGUAAUGAACUGGAACAUCAGUCACACAGCUCAGUGGAGCAGGACACCUGGGCCAGUAAACGGAGAAGUGGAUAAUGACUCUGUUUAUGACAGAGACCGCUGAUACCAGAUAUGAUUUCUAGUGGAAUCAUCACCCCGGCACACAGGAAGGCCCUGUUUAUAAAAACUGCUCUGGUGUUAUUUGAAAGUGCACUGUUCCAUUAGGUGGAUGUCACUUUACUCAGGACUAAUAUUUACCCAACAGACCCCCCCCGACCUUAACUGACAGUAAUUAGCUGGGAGAAAAAUAAAUACAGCUCAAAGUACAAAUGAAAUCAUAAGGAUUCUAAGCAUGAGGGGUGAGACUAAUUAGCAUAGCAUCAAACUGCUGAUCUCGGCCUCUGGCUGUGACACAUUUGGCUGUGUUUUCCUGUUUUGCAAAUUAAAAAUGAAAAGAAAACAGUGAUAGAUAAAAAUCUAGUCACCACAAUGUAACGAUGCGUGAUGUUAUCGUUAUCUAAUAAAUCAUUUAUGGCGCGCGCAUCAGGUUUGUGGGCAAAAUCAUGACAAACAACUCUUCCUGUUUUUACUGGCCACAAUGACUAAUCAGUUGUCUGAACACACUGCUUGUGAUUCAUUAGUCAUGAAAAUAACCGUCAGUUGUUGCUGCAGUUUUGAAAAUAUUUUAUUAAAGCCAAACAGACAGGGUGAGAAACGGUGAUAAUUUACAGCUAUUAUAAAUAUAGGCAGUGACACCUUUUACACAGUGUCAUUAGAUUAUGUCCAUUGUAAUAAGUUCCCUUUCACGAUAAUGUUUUAAGGAGUUAUAAUGACCCAUAAUGCACCAGCAUCUGUCAGUGGCUGCUGGUUUGCGUUGCAUUUCCGUUUAUUUAUUUUGACCAGAUGAGCCUGCGGUAUUUAUAGUGGGAGUAAAACCUCAGUGUGGGGUCAAUCCCGGGCACGGCUAUGAAGACAAAAUGCUCAAGCUGACCUGAGACGAAUUCCCCUGUCACUAAAUUGGCCCCCAAUAAAAAAGUCGGGUGAGGCAUGCGGUGAGAAACUGGACUGUGAAGUCUCAGAGUGAGAGUGAAACUCGGGGCUCCCGUAACGGAUCGCUCCACUUUUCUGGAAUUCCUUUACAUGAUGCAACAGAGGUGUUGGCGGCAGAUGUUGCGGCUUGCUGGGGGUCACGCGUGGCGAGGCUCUGCUGCCGUGUGGCAGCGGCAAGAUGCUGCAGGUCCGCUUUCUUUGUUUGACCCCUCCCCACCACGCCGCCCCCUCCACUCCACAGGCCUCCAAGAGCAUCUGUCACCACAGGGGGUCAGCAGGGCCAAGAUGAAUGAUCCCCCGGUGGAUUCCCUCCCUCCUUGGCAAAUGGCACAGGACAGAGGAGGGCAUAGGGGACUUGGGGGGAGGGCUCUGUUUGUAUGUGUGUGUGUGUGUUUGUUUGCAUGUGAGAGAGGGAGAGAGAGAGAGAGAGAGCAAGAGGGAGGGUUUUUGCUGAACAGUGUGGAAGAGUGGGAUUCUCUCAUUCCUUUCUAUAGAGGAUCAUGACAAAGGUGACUUGAGAGCAACCAGAGAAGAGUGAAUCUCCAUAUGCUGCAGGGAUCGUUUCCACUAAUUCCUCCCCAAAAGGAUUUAUUACCAAACAUGGACUGUAUCUGAAAAACAAAAACAAAAAAAACGCUGUCACAUUUUGGAAUUACUGCAUUUGAUUUGGAUUCUUACCACAUUCAUCAGUACUUGUUGAGGAGUCAUGGAAGGUCUCCAAGCACUGAGUGAAAUUUCUUUGCAGUCCAUUUUUGACAAGUGGUACUGACCCCAGCAUGUAGCAGAGGUGAACAAGUCCCUUCACGCCUGGGAACAAUCUGACAACAUAAUGGGGAAUUCAUAUGCCGGGCAGCUGAAGUCUGCUCGAUUCGAAGAGGUUCUCCAUAACUCAAUUGAGGCUUCGCUGCGUUCGAGCAGCGGAGAUCCACAGCCCAUCUUCACACAGCUCUACCUGGAGCCUGAGCCGUAUCCUAGAAACAUAGAAGACAUGAAGUCCAAUGCUGAUAUCCAUGGCGGGGGGGCACCAAGCCACGAGCACCUAAACAGUCAUUCUUCCAAUGAUCUAGAGGAGCUGGAGGAUGAGGAUGACUCAGAUAGCAACAGCCCUCCACUCCCCUAUUUGCAGGCUCCUGCACCAGAUGGCUGCUGCACCCUGGAUGGGUUCUGUCAGGCUGGUAAGGACCUGCGUCUGGACUCCAUAGCAACAGAGUCUGUUGAAGUACCAGCCGGUUUUGAGUUGGUGGGUGCCAAGUCCCCCAGUGUCCCUGAGCAUAUCUUGGUUUGUGCUGUGGACCGCCGAUUUUUGCCAGAUGACAAUGGGAAAAAUGCACUUUUAGGUUUUUCGGGAAACUGUAUGGGCUGCGGUGAAAAGGGUUUCAGAUACUUCACUGAGUUUUCAAAUCACAUCAACCUGAAGUUAUCGACUCAGCCCAAGAAGCAGAAGCACUUAAAAUACUACCUGGUGAAGAAUUCUCAGGGUGCUCUGUGCAAAGGACCCCUCAUUUGCUGGAAAGAAUGUAAAUCGCGACAGUUCUCCAGCAGCGCGUCCACCUCGAAACCCAGCUCCUCCUCCUCCUCCCUCAGCAGUAAAGAGAAUGGAGGCGUCAGUGGACACAGCUCCUCUCCUUUUUCACUCUCAGAUUCUCCCCCGACCAGAACAACACAGCCAUCUUCUGUUUUCUUUGGGAGCCAGGACCUGAGCAGAGACUGCAGUUUCCUCAAACCUUUGACCUCUACACCUGGGAACAAAACUCUGCCCAUAGUACCCACAGCUCUGAGGGUGAACGGGCCAACAAAUGGUCUGGGUGUUGAUGGACGUCCUCCGUUACUAAGUCCCUCACAGGUCUCCAUAGGGCCUCAAAGUCGAGGCUAUCGUUCUUCUGAUUUAGGAGACAGUACCUUAUCAUCCGUCAUGAAUUCAGGCCCUCCAAAGAAGCGUCACAGGAGCUGGCACCCCAACUCCGCUAUUCCUGUCCCACCAACAGCAGUACCAGUUCCAGCCAUCAGGCCCAUUGUUUGUACCCCAGGUUCUGUAUUAGUGGUGACCUCUCCUCAGGCACAGGUACCUGGAGUCAUUCAGCCUCAGCCGGUCCCAGCAGGAGAGACGGUCAUCGUUCCUGACAACCUGCUUAACACGGCCGGUGUUCGCCCUGUUAUUCUCAUUGGCCAUGGCACUUUACCUUAUUUCUAUGGAAAUGUUGGUGAUAUCGUCGUGAGCCCUCUGCUGGUCAACUGCUACAAGACCAGUCAGCUCUCAGAGAAAACCCUGACCAUUUUAGGCCUAAACAGAAGCCAACUGCUCAGUGUAGAGACAAUGAUUCUGCUCACUCUACAAUAUUUUGCACGUUUAGCCUCAGAUCAGAUUCCACUGAGGGAGGAGCUGGACCAGAUAGUUUUGAAGGCCAUGCUGUGCUGUCCCGGCGGGCCGGCCAUCUCCUUCUCCCAGCUACCCUGGUUGGCUCGACUGGAAGCCAGUGUCUCCGGGGGCAGCGUCCAGGUGGUGGUCACCCACAACUCUUUGGGUGAAGGCAUUUCUGAGUCUCUGCGGUCUCUCAUUGAGGGUCCUCACCACCAGCAGUGCCUGCCCACAUAUGUGGUCAUCAUCUGCGCUUCUAAAAUGAGCACCAAUGAGUUCUGCGUGCUUGUUUUGGGGAAGUAUCAGGCACGGGCCUUAGCUGAAGGCAUGCUGACAACCAACGAGUUUUUGAAGGAAAUCAGUUACGAGCUCAUCACAGGGAAAGUCAGCAUCUUGGCCUCUCACUUUAAAACCACCUCAUUAGGAGACAAUCUGGACAAGCAGUUGGUGCGAUACCAACGACGGCGAAAAGGUCAGAUGGUUCAGCCGUUCCACGGUGAUGUCAGUGAGCACAUCCAUUCUCAGGAGGCUGCCAGCAUGUCGCCACCUUCAGACAGAGGAGAGCUCUUGACCAAGGUGUUCCAGACCUAUCCAGCCCAGCUGAGAGUGGCUCGUAGCCUUCUCUCUCAAGUCUGUUCCAUUGCAGACUCUGGGACCCAGAACCUUGAUUUGGGUCGCUUUUGUAAAGUGGACUUUCUGGUAUUGGUCCCACCCUCUCAUGUUUUGGUGCACCAGACGGCACAACGCAUCCGACAAUCAGGCGUGCUUGUGGAUCUGGGGAUUGAAGACCUUUCCUCAGCCCACCAGAAAUCAGAGAAGUACGUGGUGCGUCUGGACAAUGAUGUUCACGCCAGGAUGGAGGCCUUCAUGAGAAAAGUCAAACUGAAUCCUUACACUCUGUUUAUCCUCAUUCACGACAACUCACACGUCGACCUCACAAGUGCCCUGUCUGGCUCUGUGUGCCACGGGGAGCUGCAGGGUCUGGCUGACCGAGUGGUGAACUGUCAGGAAGUCCUGAACGCCAUGAACCUGCUUGUCCUGCAGGUCAGCUGCUUCCCAUACACACUGCAGACCCACCAGUCCCGCAUCAGCAUUCAAAAUGAGGUUCACUGGCCCUCCAACCACACUUUGCAGGGGGAGCAGUCUAACAGUGAAUUACUGUACUUUGGCCUGAAGGACUACAGCAAAUCCCUGCAGUGGGGCAUGGCCAGCCCCAUACUGCGCUAUGAUGAUGCAUUUGAGAAGAUGGUUCACACUCUUCUGGAAAGACACCCUCAUCUUCACAGCAUGGUGAUCCGCAGCUACCUGCUCAUUCAGCAGUACACUGAGGCCAUGAUGGCCUUGACCUCCUCCCCGUCCCUUAGGGACCACAUAACUCCGGAGACCCUGGCUAUGGUGGAGGACCUGAUCAGUGCUCCCAGCAGAGAGAGCUCCCAGGGCCGGGGCCACAUGCUGCUGGUCCGUGUCCCCUCCCUGCAGCUGGCAAUGCUGGCCCGCGAGAGACUAGAGGAUGUGAGGGAUAAGCUGGGGCUGCAGUUGUGCUUUGCUGUGCUGCUGGGAAGUCCUGCCUCUGAACUGAACCUGCACCGGAACUUCAUCAGUCGCCUCAAGGCGUGGAGAGGCUGUGAAAAUGAAGAUUGGGUUCCUCACACCUACGAAGAUCUGGAAGGUCUGCCUUGCAUUGUCAUCAUGACAGGAAAAGAUCCUCUGGGAGAGACGUUUCCCAGGUCUUUGAAGUACAGUGACCUUCGUCUGAUCGACUCCAGCUACCUGACCCGUACAGCCCUGGAGCAGGAGGUGGGCCUGGCCUGCACAUACGUUACCAGGGAUGUAGUACAGGAGCCCAAAAAGACCAUGGCUGCACGAGAACCAGACCCGGAGAAGACUUCUACAAUUAUAAAUGAUGGAGAUGAACUGGAAAGACCUCAGAGCAAUGGAAGCGCAGCCACCAGAACUUCUGGUUCUUUAGCUGAGAAUGGAGUGAGUUCCUCAGAUGUGGCAGAGUCUUUUCAAAAGCCCUCCACCUCCACCGGCCCGCCAGAAGGCCCGGCCGUCUCUGACAUGGCCACGGGCACACAGGACUUCAAGCAAGAGUGUGAUUCACUGGGAAUCCAAAUCACACCCAUACCCUCCAAAUCCUCCAAGGCUUCUCCGUCGUUCUACUCCAGCUCCUCAUCCUCCUCCCCCUCACCGUCCUCAUCCUCCACUCAGAGGCCCAGCCAGUCCACGCAGUGCAGCAGAAGCCACAAACCCAGAAGAGUAUCACCACGGACAGUCAUCCUGUCACGGGCGGCGUACAGUCUGUUGGCUGGAGAGUCGGGGAGUCAGCUGAGCUCAUUCUCCCUGCUGCCUCACGCUGAUAUGUCCUGGAGCAGCCCUCUGAGGCCUCCCAUCACCCACAACCUACAGGGGGCAGAGCUGAGCACCCACUACCGUCAGUGGACCACGGCCAGACAGCAUCACGCUGAUUAUGAAGCGCCGCCUGUGCCUCAUCCCAGGCGCUUGUUACUAAGUGGACCCCCACAGGUCGGUAAAACCGGUGCCUACCUGGAGUUCCUUCGUAUCAUGUUUCGAAUGCUCAUCCGUCUGUUGGAGGUGGAUGUGUAUGACGAGGAGGAAGAGGCCGAGGAAACGUCAGAGGUUACAACUCCAGGAAACACCCAGUGGCCGGACGUUGAGGACAUCCGUAAGCUGCCCUUUGACCCUUACCUUCGAGAUCCAAAAUUCAGGAAGGCCAGCCCUGUUUUCUCGGAGAAAAUGCCAAAUGUCUUAAAAGACUUCAGUCAGGAAGGAGUGGGCCAAACACCAGCUACACGAGUGACCAAGUCAAUACGCCUGAGUCGGUUUGCGGCCCACAAUGCCUUUCAUCACUGUGAACAGUGUCACCACUACUGUGAAGCCAGCCCUGCCAUGCAGCUGACGGAUUGUACCUUUCAUGCUUUCACCUUCUGUUCGUCCAUGCUGGGGGAAGAAGUCCAGCUCCAGUUUAUCAUUCCCAAAUCCAAAGAGCAGCACUUUGUCUUCAGCCAGCAGGGCAGCCACCUGGAGAGCAUGCGUCUGCCUCUGGUCUCUUUUAAGGAUCCUGAUCUCUUAAAGAGUCCGAUCUUCACUCCAACGACGGGCAACCAAGAACAUGGCNNCCAAGAACAUCGCCUACUGAACAUUUUUCACGCCACGGAUGGUGCGUCUCACGUGCACAUUCUGGUGGUGAAGCAAUGUGAGAUGAACCUCUACAGGAAGUACUGGCCUAACCACAUCCUGCUGGUGCUGCCAGCCAUGUUCAACAAUGCUGGAGUUGGUGCUGCUCGAUUCAUUAUCAAAGAGCUGUCGUAUCACAACCUGGAGCUGGAGAGGAACCGACUGGAGGAGCAAGGUGUCAAGAGGCAGGACGUGUGGCCUUUCAUCGUCAUGAUGGACGACUCGUGUGUGCUCUGGAACCUCCACCACACAACAGACCCCAGCGAGACCUCAGAUGGAAGUACGUCUCUACUAAAUGUGUCUCUGAAGACGGUGCUGCAGCACAUGGAGGCCACACCAAAGAUCUGUCAGUAUGCCGCGUGCGGUACUCGCAAGUGGAGCAGCAGCCUGGUCCAUCGGUCCCGCAGUCAGCCCUUCAGUCGCUGUCAUCUCCACGACUUUGUCCUGCUUAACGUUGACCUGACGCAGAAUGUUCAGUACGACCUGAACCGGUAUAGCUGUGAAGAAGUGGACUUUAACCUGAGGGUGAACAGCAGCGGGCUGCUGAUCUGCCGUUUCAACUACUUCAGUCUCAUGAAGAAACACAUUCCAGGGGAAAGCAAUGAUUUCUUGGUCAAACCAAAACUAAUGGAAAUAGAAAACCCCGCUCUAAUCAGCCCGUCCCAGUAUGUCUGUGCCCCAGACAGCGAGCAGACUCUUCUAGAUGCUCCGGCCCAGUUCCUGCUGGAAAGGUUCCUGCAGAGCUGCAGCCACAAACUGUUUCCAAAGGCUGUUCAAAACAGAAACAACCCAGUUCUGUCCAUCGAUAGUUACCUUAACAUCAGCCCUGAGAUUUCCGUGUGUUACUUUAACUCCCGUCCUCACUCCACCAACCUGAGCCAUCAGGGCCUGGUGUUCAGUGGCCUCCUGCUGUACCUCUGCGACUCCUUCGUGUUUCCUGGACUGCUCAGGAAAUUUCGCUUCCUCAAAGGAGCCACUCUGUGUGUGAUCUGCCAAGACCGAAGUUCUCUGCGUCAGACCAUCGCCAGGCUGGAGCUGGAGGACGAGUGGCAGUUCCGCUUGCGUGACGAGUUCCAGACAGCCAACUGCAGCGAAGACCGGCCGCUCUACUUUCUGACUGGCCGCCACGUUUGA